AAGAAAUUAAAGUUUUUUUUUAUUGAAAUUUAUUAUAAUCGCAAAUUUAAUGUAAUAAACAAACAUUAAAUUGACAACAACAAAAUUAUAAUAAAGUCAACAUAACAAAGUCAUUUUAGUUUAAAAAAAAAGAAAAAAAUCAAAAUUCUAAAAAAUUUAAAUAUAAUAAUAACAAAAAAGAAGAAUCAAAUUCAAAUUACACCCCCUAAAACCUCAACACAUACAACUAAAUCAAUUUAAAAUGAUAAAAAUGUGGCUUUGAUAAAGGUUAAAACGUAGUUAAAAUAUAAAAUAAUAAUAAUAAUACAUAUAAAAUUAGAAAAAUUUAUUUUUUAUGGUGUCAUUAUUAUCAACAUCGUAACGUCAUCAUUGUCAUUAUUAUUAUUACUAUUAAAUGAAAAGUAAGCAAAAAAAUAAAUAAACAACACACAUCUCUUUACCGAUUCAACUCAACUCAAAACAAACAACCACAACAAUUCAUCACAACAACGACAAACACACAGCAUCAACAACAAUAACAAUUAGUUGAACAUUUCCACCACAUCUUUAAAUUCACCACACCAGCAAAACAAUUCCUCCAUCUUUAAAAAAACUCUCUCCCAAACAAACUGUGAAAGAGAGAUAGCGUGAGAGUGAAAUAGUACUAUUCAACGAAUAACGUUAAUUUGAAAAUAUAGAAAGAUAAAAAAAACAAACGUUAUAUAAAUAUUAAGUUGUUUUUGUUGCUUGUUUUUAAACUUUACGGUAAUGCAGUCGUUUCAAUUACGUUUAAGCUAUGUCGUCGUUAAUAAAUAUUGCCCUUACGACCAGUUUAACACAAUAUGUAUCAAAAAAAUUGUCGCGUAGUUAAACGUUAUACCACAAAACGUAAAGUCGCGUCUCUAAGCGUUGAACAUUUGUUGACCACGUUUUCGCUUAAGUUUCUGUUAAGACUUUUAACACGUUACCCAGAGACCAUAAAACUAAAAACAUUGUUAUUUUCGUCGCCGUCGUUAUCGUUAUCGCAGUCGUCGCCCUCGUCGUCGUUGUCGUUUAAGUUAAGUUUGUGCAUUGUGUCUUCAUGAUCAUGAUGAUGAUGAUAAUUUUAUUUUGAGUGAAUAAAAAAAAAUAUAAUAAUAAUCAUAGUUAUAACAAUAACAACCAUAAAAAAAGCGUAUGAUCUUUAGUGUGUUGAUCAAAUUCAAUUAAAUCUAAUUUAUAUUUUUUACUUAUUUUGUGUGUUUGUUUAACCUCAUCCACGACGACAACAGCUUGGAAAGGCAAACAUUUGUGAAUUACACAGAGCGAGAGAGAGUGAGAGCUUUUGAUCAUAACUACAUACAUAACAGUUCAACCAGCCAAUCCACCACCAAGUAAAAAGAUCAGUAAAUCAGACAACAUCAUAAUCAUUUUAAACUAAGAACAUUACAGAGUUCUUUUAAGAAAAUUUAAAAAAAAGUGUAAAAACAUAGUUUAAAAUUAAACAAAUUUAGUUAAAUUACUUUAAAAAAAAAUCAUACCUAGGAUUAUUUAAAUAAGCAUAAACUUAAAACUAUAAAAACCUUCCUAAUAACAACCUACUCGUUUAAGUUCGGAAACUUAUAAUCUUACGUUAUCGUUAACUAAAUAAAGCCUUUAUUUAUAACUUACACUCCGGGUUAGAGUUGAAAGAAAUAACAACGAUCCUGGAUUUGCUGCUAAAAACGUUGCGCACGCUUAAAAAUCCGAUUAUGGCCGAGAAUCAAACCGCUACAGAAGAUUCCGGUCAACAGUCAACACAACAUCAAACGCACCCCCAUCACAGUCAGCAACAGCAGCAACAACAACAACAGCAACAUUCACACAACGAUAACUCACAAACAUUAUCUACGCAAAAUUCCGAAGAACUCUCCUCGGCCUUAACAUCGCCCAGCACGCCACCAAACGAAAAUAACUCGGCUUCAUCGCCCGACGAACCCCAAACCAUUGUUAUUGCCAAUCACCAUCAGCAUCAGCAAGAAAUCAAUCAACAGCAGUCCCAACAACAGUCGGCACGCAGCAUGAUUGAUCGCCAAGUGACCGCCAAAAUUAAGGCCAUACGACGUAAUACCAUACAGACGACAACAGCGUCCGUUAGACCCGCUAGUACUACGUCCAUUAAGAAGCCAACUCUAACCAAAAUGAACUCGUUGACCGGCAAUACAGCAGCUGGUACCGGCAAUGGCGAAAAGAAUACCACGGAAAAACAUCACUUCCAACAGCAGCAGCAGCAACAUCAUCACCAUCAUCAUCAACACAACAGUAUGACGAAUCAUCAUCAUCACCAUCAUCAGAACAAUUCAACAUCUUCGAGCGCCACCAACAGCAAUUCAACAGCCAUACAUCGUACCACAAGUGAAAGUCUUCGUCUAAAUGCUAUACCGCCAGCUAGUGGAGGCCAUGGUGCUGCCGGUGGUAUGGCAGAUGCUCUAUCGAAUGCUACCAGCAAUAGCAGUAUUCACUCAAAUUUGACUAACAACAGCUCAAGUUCAGCUUCGGUUGCACCCAAAUCGACUAGCACCAAUGCUAGUCAUAGCAAAUCUACUACGUCCAAGUCGUCAACGGCUUCUUCAAAGGCUUCAUCGCCCAAUAACAAUAAUAGCAUUGCUUCGGCCGUAUCCGGCAGCUCACAUGCUCCACGUAGUCAUCACAGUCAUGGUCAUAUUCAGGGUCACGGCCAUGGUCAUGGUCAUGCCGCUGGUGGUGCUCGUAAACCAAAGACUACUUCAUCGUUUCAAAUAACUUCCGUAACGGUUGGUCAUCCCAAAGGUGCGGUGGCUGCCGACAAUGGAGAAGAGGAGUCGGCUGAUGACCUCGAUGAAUCUCAUACUGAUGACAACAGUCGCAUCACGGACUUGGAGAACGAAACACCCUCGAUGUCGGAGGACACCUUCUCCAAGGAGGAGAUCUAUUAUCAUCAAGAUGAUGCCUUGAGUAGCACCGCACCUGUCAUACCAACCAGUUCGCAAUAUGGUCUGGUAGUGGCCACCUUGGGCGCUCAGGACAUCUCCAAUGUGCAAGUGAAUGUGGGGGAUAAUUUCAUUAAUGUAGUACCCAGUGGCAGCGGUAUUAAAAAGGAGGAUGUCAAAGACACAACCCAGCAUCGCAGUGAACGUUUUAAGGUGGUUAAAAUCGAAUCCACCGAACCGUUUCGUCGUGGCCGCUGGGUUUGUAUGGACUAUCUGGAUCAUAGUAGUGUAUCGGGCAAAGAAGAUGGUAGUGGUGGAGGUGGUGGUGUUGGUGGUGCUGGCAACAACAAUGAAAAGACUGAGAAAGCAAGAGGCAUGGAUAAUGGAGAACAUGCUCCGAAAACCACGCAAAGUAUGAUAUUGGGACCAGGAGCAGCGGCAGCACUGGAAAAUCAUAUAGAUAACUCGGCUGCACCAACUGCUGAUGGUAAUUGGAAUUACCCAGAUACUAAUGUUAAUGUAGGCGGAGGCGGUGGAGGCAUAGCCACUGCCCCGGCAACAGUGGUGCAUGGUAUGCAGCAAUAUGUGGAGGGCACGGAUCAGCAAACCCAGAUUAUGCAACAACAAGAGCCGCAGUAUCAAACACCUCCGCAAGAGAUCAAUGCCAAUGCCACACCCCAAAUGACAAUGACGGCUCAGGCUCAGCCCGAGCUUGUGCAACCUACAGUGCCCAUGGAUUAUGCUACUUUAGCAGCUCAAAAACUCAAAAAAUCAUUGGAAGAGUUAAAGAAGCAAGAGGAAGCCAUAGCGGCCUCAGAAAAGGCAGCAGCUGCGGCUAGUGGUGGCUAUAUGCCGGGGCAAUCGCAACCGGUCAAUUAUGAAGCCAUGCAGCAACAACAACAACAACAGCAGCAGCAGGUACCUAUGCAACAACCACAACAGUUAGCCAUGCAACAGCAGCAGCAUCAACAACAUGCUGGCACAUUGCCAGGCAACAUAAACAUGCAAAAUGGUAAUAUUUCCAUAGCUACGGAUAAUAACAAUAUGGCUGUAGCUAAUCAAAAUCAACAGCAGACGCAAAGUUUGGGCUAUAGCGUAGAAGCACAGCAGCAGCAGCAGCCUAUGUCGCCAGCUCCUCAGCAGAUGCAAGUACCACCUAGCUUCGUGGCUGCCAGCUUCCAAGGUACACCACAACAAACACCACCACAGCAAUCACCACAGAUGCAUGAAGCCGGACUGGUUAUGCAGCAACAGAUGACUCAACAACAGAUUCCACAGCAGCAACAAUUGCAACAGGCUGUUCCUCAGCAGCAGCAGCAACAAUUGCAACAGCAAUCUUCACAAACCGAUGGAUUGAACAAUAUGCAAAAUAUUGCGGCUGUAGCUAAUAUCCAGCAAAUGCAGCAGCAACAACAGCAAAUGCAGCAACAACAACAGCAGCAGCAACAACAUCAGCAGGCGCAUGCACAAGUCACACAACAGCAACAACAACUUCCACCACAAUUCCAGCAGUUGCAACAACAGCAACAGCCUCUAGCUCCAGGGCAAACUAUGCCCAUUCUAACUCAAAUGACCAGUUAUGAUAUGCAACAUAAGCAGCAGCAACAACAACAUCAUAUACAACAACAGCAAAGUGCUCCAGCAUCUAUGUUGGACAAUUCAAAUAUAUUGGCCACAUUGCAACAGCAGCAGCAACAACAACAGCAGCAGCAACAACAGCAAGCUGGUCCUACCAAUAUCAUAAUGCAACCUGCAAAUGUCAAUGUCCCUGCUCAAUAUCAGCAGCAGCCACAGCAACAACAACAACAACUCCAACAACAGCAUCAACAACAGCAGCAGCAACAACAACUACUACUCCAACAGCAGCAUCAACAACAGCAGCAACAACUCCAACAGCAACAACAACUCCAACAGCUACAGCAACAACAACAACCACAAUUACCUAUCGAUAGUGCUCCCCCAACAAGUGUUAGUGCCAAUAGUAGCAAUAGUACUGUUAAUUUAAAUCCCAUUACGACAGCCACAAUUUUACCAAUAACUUCUUCUAAUGCUCCAUUACCAACAAAUGUUGCCAUCAGCAACAACAACAACAUUAAUAAUAAUAAUAACAAUAAUACGACUACCAAUCUUGAUAAUCAAACAGUUUUACAAAAUCAGCAACUACAUCUGCAGCAACAAAUGCAACCACCGCAACAACAACAAUUACAGCAGCAGCAGCAGCCACAGCAACCAUCCACAUCAUCACAAAAUACGGAAACAGAGACUGAAAGAAAUGUUUCCAGUCUCACACAGGCCAUGAGCACAAACAAUCAAACAAAUCAGGCUAACAAUCGCAAAAGAGCCUUUAGUACGCCUCAUAUAACACCAGCAUUUGCCCAACAAAUGCUGGCCAGUUCAGCUGCUGGCUCCGAUCUAACACCAAUAUUGCUCUUGCCGUCCUCUAUGGGCGGGAAUAAUGAGCAAAAUAUUUACUUUUAUAAUAAAACAGCUUCGGGUCGUUCUUCGUUUUGUUUGGAUGAAAGUAUGUGGCCCACCGGUCAGAUGCCACGUUUCAUCAAUGUCAGUGAUAACGGCAAUCCACCCAUAUUGCAGCAAUUGGGCUCGGACUCGAAUAUCUAUACGAAUUUGGCUUUGGGCAAUGAACGCUACAAGUUGCCGGUUGAGUUUAAUACUUCUUUGAGUCCUGGGGUUAGUAUAACCACCACCUCUUCCACCCAAAGAGAAGAUGAUGAUGAUGACGACAUUGAUGAUUUGAUUAAUGACAAUGAAGCCGAUUUGGAAGAAUCCGCCGAUCAGUUUUCUCCCUUGCUCUAUCCAGCUUCACAGCCUAUAGCCAUAAGUGCUGGCAAUAGUCCGGUACACAAAGCCCCGAGUAAUUCGUCGAUAGGUCUUAGAAGUGGCCAAAGAAGUCCUAGUCGUGCUGCCUCGCCUACAGCCGGUAAUCAUCAGCAUCAUUUGGCCUAUAGUGCCAGUCCCACGGCAGGAGUGCUUCCCUAUACACCCUUUUAUAGUAUUUCACCGGAUCCCCGACACAAUCUAAACGCAUCACAGCACAAAAUAGCGCACAGUUAUGAUCCCUCAUUUGGAUCUAAUAUAAAUCAUUUGACUUUGCCCCAACCAGGACAACAGCAGCCGGCGCAACAGCACCAAAAGAAACAAUUGCCACGUCAACCACCACCGCCUCAGCAAAGACAUUCACAACCCAGUAGAGGCAGUCAAUUUACGAGUCCCAUACAACCCAGACAAAAACUCUCCACAGGCUCGAUUGAAAGUGCUCCAGGAGCCAUAUUAUUUGCCACUUCACCCACCACAUCACUUUCUAACAGUGCAUCUGGAACAAGUGCAGUUGCAAUCGAUAAUAAAAUCGAACAAGCUAUGGAUCUCGUCAAAUCCCAUUUGAUGAUAGCGGUCCGUGAGGAGGUUGAGGUUCUAAAAGAGCGCAUCUCCGAACUGAUGGUCAAAAUCAAUCAACUGGAAGUGGAGAAUACCAUACUAAAGUCCAAUAUGUCGCAGGAGACUUUGCAGCAAUUGCAAAUGCAAACACAACUGCAAAUUGCCGGUUCGACACCAACCAAUGGCAGCAACAUGAUAACGGCUGCACCCACACCAGCAGCCAUAACAGCCGCACCCCAAGCAGCGGUCCAAACAGCAGCCCCAGCGGCCAACAAUACAGUAAUGGCAACACCCCAGUCAAAUAUGGGAAGUGGUACAGCAACACCAACCGCCACACAACAGCCAAACAAUCCACAAUUAGGCUCGGUAGAGCAAGGCCUAGAAGUCACACAACAAUCAGCAAAUGCUGCUACAACAGAGGAUAACAGUCAGGAAGCAGUACAGGCCACAAAUGGCCCCAUGUCUUAAAUUUAUUGCCCAUUGUUUAUUUGUCGUUUAAGCAAAGUCACAGCCUACAACACGAGAUUGCUGUUGUUUUUUUAAACACUACUCUCUCUCUCUACUCUUUUUUUUUAAACAAAAAAAAAGAGAGUUUUUUUGUGCAUUAACAAAAACCACAAUUAAGCAAAUUUUUUACUCACUGAAGAAGAAGAAGAAAAAAAGGAAGUUGCUGAUGAUGGCUGGAUAGGAUAGAUCAUGUAUUAACAAGGAUUUAGAAAAAAAGAAAGCAAACAAAAACAUUUGCCUAAUUUUCAUAAACUUCCUGCUAUCCUUUUUUUCACCAAAACUACACAAAAAAACAUUUGAAAAGAAAACCCAACCAAGCAGUUUUUAAUUUUAGUUUUAUUUUAAACACUUUUUCUCAUUUUAUGUUUUCAUAUUGGCCAUUGAAAAAUAAAACUGCUGCUUGGAGUUUUGAAAUAAAAAUUCAAAAACCUGCAAAAGUAAAAAUGAAGACACUCUUAGAGUGUUCCUAAAUGCUAUUGUUAUAUAAAGAAAAAAAUACUUAUGUUUGCUAGCAAAAUUGUUUAAGGCAACAUACAUUUUUUAUUUAUAAUGUGAUAUAAUUAAAUAGUCCUCCUAAAAACCCUAGCCCCCUCCCCCCCUUACAAACAAACAUUACUUGUUUCCUAAAAGAAGAAAAUUAUAAAAAAAAAUUAUUUAAGAUAUUACAGAAUCAUUAAGAGAUUUCAAAUAUUAUUAUAACAAAAUGUUCUUAUUUUUUUUUUUUUGGUUUAUUAUAAUUUAUUAAGUUUCAAAUAAUUGUUUUAGAAGAAAAAAAAGAAAAAAAAAAUAAUUAACCUAAAAAAAACUUUAAAUAUUGCAUGCAAAAUAUUUUUUUGUUAGGAAACACUCCCCCCUUUACUAAACUUGAAACUAUACUUUUAUUAAAAAAGUAAAAUUUUGAGUUUUAUAUUUAUAAAAAAGAAAACAAAUGAACAAAUGUAAAAAAACUGAUUACUAAAACUUUGUUUGAAAUUAAUUUUAAAAUUUAUUUAAAAACUUGAAAAAAAAUUGUGAUAAUUUGCAUUGCAUUGACUUUCUAAAUAAAAAAACCAUAAAAAACACACAAAAUAUUAUUUUUGCCAGCUAAACAAAAAACUGGUUUAUUAAAAUAUCAAAAAAAUUAAAAAUUUUAAAGCAAAAAACCCUACAAAAUUUAAACAAAAUGCAUACAAAUUUGAAAUGAAAAUUACACACAAUAUUUUUGUAAAAAAAUUAUUAUUAUUAUUAAAUCAACAUAUUGUAAAUAUUCUUAAAAUGCUUUUAGAGUAACAAAAAAAACUCUUUGUCAUGCUGUUUUUUUUUUAAACAAAUUUUAUUUUAAUUGAUUUUUUUGUAAUAUCUUUAUUUUGAAAUUUCCUUUUUUUAUUUUCUUCUUUUUAUUUCUGUUUUUGUCUUAAGUAUUUUUAUAUAAUAUAAAAAAUCUGUUGUAAGAUUUUUUUCAAAGACUCUCUUGUUUUUAACAAAAAAAAAAUUUAAUAAUUAUUCUAUAAAAAACAAACACAAAACAAGAUAAAUUUUAUUUUUAUAUUUAAGCUAUUUUUUGUUUUUAAUGUUAUUAAUUAUUAUAUAUAUUUUUUUAUUUGCUUAGUUUUGUAUUAUAAUUAUUAUUAUUAUUUUUACUAUUAUUUUGUAUUUUUUUUAGCAUUUAAGUUUACUCGUAAAAUAUUUAACAAAUAAAAUAUAUAUACACAAAAAUAAAUCUAUGAAAAAAAAAAUAAACAUAUAAAUUAUGAAUUUGUUUAACCCAACAUAUUCACAAUGUUUAAAACGUAUAGUUGUUAAUGACUUAAAGUCCUUAACUAAACUAGAAAAAAUCCUGCAGAGACUCUAAUUGUCUAAGGAUUACAGAAAUGAAAACAAACGGCUCGUUUAGCAAGCCUCUGUAAAGGGCUAAGCUAAUAAGAUAAACAGAUUUUUUUGAUUUUAUUUUAAAUUAUUAUUGCAAUUUCUGUUUAUCUUUUAUUAUUAUUUAAUUAUAUAAUAAUUAAUAACAUUUUAAAACCAGCUAAAUAGCUUAAAUCUAAACAAAGAGUUUUGGUUAGCAAUUUAUUGCUUCAAAUUUAUUUAAAUAUUGUCAUAUUUUUUAAUAAUUUUCCUUGAAAUUUAGAAAAAAUUUUGCUAAAGUUUUUGGAAAUGUUAUUCCAAUUUGCUGGGCUUCAACUGGCCUGUUUACAUUUAAAAAAUAAACACUUAAACUUUCUUUAACCCUAAACUGUUAAACUACAGCUAGAUUUUUUUUAUAAAUUUUCUCUUCUCCCACUUUCACUUCCUACAAUGCUGUUGGGAAUGAAUUAUUUUAAACAUUAUUGAUUUACAGAUCUUUAGUUUAAACUCGAUUUACUUAACUAUGAGUUUGUUAGUUGAACUAUAUCUAGUUUUUUUUAAAAAAAUUUCUCUUCUCUCACUUUCUCUUUCUACAAUUCUGUUGGGAAUGAUUAAACUUUGAAUUAUUUUAAACUUUACUGAUUUAGUUUAAACUAAAUUUAAGCUGCAAAUGAGGUUUACUAAACUAUCUUUCAAAUCCAUAAUGAUUUGCUGGCCAGAAAUGUUGCUAAAUAUAGUUUAUUGCAUAAUUGUAAUAAAUAAAUUCCCAAAAUCCUUAAGAUUAUUAAAAAAAAGUCAUACAUUAGGUGUAAAACAUCUGUCAGAAUGCGUACCUAUAAUGUUUAUGAAAAUACAUUAAACUAAUUUUUAUAAGUCGAAUUUUUUUUCCAUAAAAAUUUCCUCAGAGAAAUAUCAAAUUCUUUACAAAACAAAGUAUGUAUUCCAAACAGCAACCAAAUUUGUUAAAAUGAUGUUUAAAAAUUCUUCAAAAGUAUUUAACAAAAUGUUGCCAAUGUAUUUCAACAUACAAUGUUUAAAUUAAUGGUGCUAGCAACAUUUCCCUGCAACAUCCAAAAAUGUUGCCAGCACUAAUAAAUUCUACUCUUAAUAUUAAACUUGUAAAGAGUUUUAUUAAAAUAACGGAUUUCAAGUCUAAACAUUUGCUAAAUGUCAUGAUUUCAUAAUUACCAAAAUUCUGGAAGCAACAUGUUGAUAAACAUUUGUACAGAGCAGCAGCAACUACAUUUAAAACAGUCAGCAACAUGUUGAUAAACAUUCAAAGUUGCAAAAAUUUCCCUUAAUAGCUUAAGUUUUCAGCACACAGCCUUAAUCGUAUUAUACAAUAUGUUGAGAACAAUGUUAGAAACAUUUAUGUCUAUCAAAUAUCACUGCAAUAUGUAUAUAAAAAUCCAGCAAUAUGUUGAGAUGCAUAGAUAUUUAAAAAUAGCAGCAACAUUUUUUUCCUCUAUUUAAUGCUUUAAAAACUGCAUUAAACCUUUAACAUAUUAAGCAAUAUGUUGAUAACGACCUCAGAAAUAUUUCAUAAAAUAUCUCUACAUCACAUUUAUGAAUAUCAGCAAUAUGUUGAUAGACACUGAAAUUAAAACUAAACAAACAUUUUAGCCAAGAAAAUCCUAGAUAAUUUGGGCAAUUGUUGAACAGAGAACUUCAAGUCCACAUUUUAAAGCAACACUUUUGACUUCAAGUGUUUCUUCGCAACAUGUUUACAGUUAAAAUCAUUAAUUUAGCGUUCUAAUUGCAAUUAAAAGUAGAAGAUAUUUUCAGCAACAUUUUUACAUGUUUGAUUAAGGUAAAAGUUAAACAAUAUGUUUACAAAUAAAAUAUUCAUAAAUUCAAUAACAAUUCAUGCACAUUUUCAAUGAAAACAUCUGUAAAAAGUCUAGCAACAUGUUGAAGAAUUCUAAAAAAAUAUCAGAAACUAUAGCUCAGCAAAAUAUUAUUGAUUGUUUGAAUCAUUCACUUAAUAUCUAAAGAAUUUAACUUUUCAGCAACAUAUUUAAAAACAAAACAUUUUUCAUAUAAAAUGUAGUUGCAGCAACAUGUUGUUAUAGUUUUAAACAUGUUGCUGGCAUUAGAAUUUUAAGGAUUUAAAAAUUUUCUUAAUGGAUGGCUUUAGAUUUUAAAAAUCUUAAAAAUUGGGCUCUCAGCUGUUUUCUAAACAAUUUACGGUUAUUUCUAAAAAGCACUGGCAUAAAUUUGUAGCAUACCUUAAGGAUUUUAAUACUACUACCUUUGAGCUUAUAUAGUAUUGACACAAAUCCCGAAAGUAUGCUUAUUAUUUACAUUAUAUUUCAAAAUCAUUGAUUUUAAGCUUAUGGAGAAUAAUUAUAAAUACAUUUACCAUUAUUGAGUCAAACUUUGUUUUAAGCAAUUUAAUCACAUCCCCAUAAUUUUGAGUUUAAAUUAUAAAAAGCUUAGCAUACUUUUAGGUUAUAAUACAGAAUUGGACGAGCAUAAAAAAGUAUGCUAAUCAUUCUACACUUUUUUUCUAAACCUAAUGUCAAAAUUUAAGGCAUACCUUAAGGCUGAUAUAAAAAAUAAAUUUAUAGUUUGUAAAAAACACAAAAUGCUGAAAGUUAGUUUUUUUUAACAACAUUUUUAAGGUUUUUGAAAGAUUUUCGUGUUUAUUUAUUUAUGGAAUUUUAAAAAACUUUUUAAAGCUUUAUAACCCAAAAACUUUAGCAACAUUUCAAUAUUAAUUUAUGAAAAACUAGGAAAAAUAUGACAAUAUUUGAAAAACGGAAAAUGACAUGCUGCCGUUUUUGUUAAAUUUACAGGUAUUAAACAGAAUUCGUUUAUAAUUUCUUGUUUUUGUUUUCUCAAAUUCUAAACAAAACCUGUAAAUCUAACAAAAACGACAGUAGAUUUAUUAAUUAAAAUUUAUUUGUUUUUUAUUGUAGUUAAAUUAUUAAAUAAAAAGAGUCUUUGAAAUAAAUCUUAAUUCUAAACAAAUGUAUUUUAUUUAUUACUUGAAAUUAUUUAAAAUAAACCAGAAAAAAGCAGCAUGUUUAGGUUUUUAUUUAACAAAUUAUAAAAAAAAAAAUUUCAAAUAAAUAAUCCCAAAAAAUUCUAAAUUAAACUAAAAAUUCGAAAAAAAUGAAGAACAACAAACAGAUUAUAAAAUAAAACGAAUCAAAUGAUUAAAAACUGAUGAAUAAAAUAAAGAAUAUUACAAUACUAAAUUAACAAACAUUAAAAAUAUUUAAAUAUAUACAUAAAUAUAUUAAACAGGGCGUUUAUUUUUGAAUAAAAUUCAAAUAUACAUAACAAACAUAUAUAAAUAUUAUAAAAUAAACGACAACAAGUCAAAAAUAAUACGCCUUGUUCAAAAAACCAAGUUCCAUUAUUAGUUUUAUAAGUUUAGUUGAAGUAAUUUUUAAUUUAAAUUAACAUUUAAAAAAAUACAAUAAACAAAGCAAAAUAAAAUAAAAAAAAACUGUUAAAAUUUUUAAGAAAAAUUACGCCAACAUUUUUUUGAUUUUUUGUUUUUGUAUUGAAUUGACAUUUAUAAGAAUUUUGAUUCUUUUGAUUUCCUUAUUAAGUAGUUUGUAAAGAAAAACUUUAAAUGUAUUAAAAAUAAAACAAAUUUAAAGAAAAAAGAAGAAAAACCAAUAAACAAAAGUAUGCAUAUUCAAACGAAAACAAACGCAAUAAAUAAUAAAUAACUAAACAAUGUAUAUAAAAAUGUAUGAUUAAACUUAAAAAAGAAGAAACAAAAUAAAUUAACAAAACAAGAAAUUAAAACGUCUUUUGAUUAUAUGAAACAAAUUGUCCUUUUUUAACAAUAAACAAUAAUAAAAACAAAAAACAAAAAUUCAAAUCAAAGACACUAUUGACAGCCAGACAUAUAUUAAACUCCUUGUAAUUUCUAUAAAUACUUAUUCUAUGUGUAAAAUUUAAAAUUAUCAAAGCAAAGAAGAAAUUAAAACAAUUUAAUAAAUACCUAAAUAAAACAAAAUAAAACUUUAAUUAAUUGUAACAAUAAAAAAAAGUAUUUAACAGAAUAAUAAAGAGUAAAAGAAAGCUAAACAAAAAACCACUCAUGUUUUAUUUGCAGUGUUAAAUUUUUAGUCCUCUUGGCCCCCCUCAGCCCCUUGCUAUUUUCAAUAUCCUUUGAAAUAUUCCUUCAAAUCUACUAAGCGUGUUAGAUUGUGUGUGUGUGUAUCUUUUGAUAUAUAUUUUUUUUUGGAAUUUAAAUUUACUAGUCCUUAUAAAAUUUUAAUUUGAAAUUUUAAGUAAAUAAAAUUGUUUCAUUUUAUUAUUUUUAAUAUUCGUAAUAUGUAUGUCUACUCUUUAUUUAAUUUAAUAAUUUUAGUUUAAUAUUUAUAUUAUUAAAUCGUAAGUUUAUUUUUGUAUAAUGUUUUAUUUGAUAUCUUUCUAGUUUAAGUUUUAAUGAUUGUAUUUAGUUUUAUAAUUUAUAUAUGCAUAAAGACAGUUAAAAAAAAUCAUUAGUUAUGUUUAACAUAAUUUCUCUUUUUCUCUUAAAGCAAAAAUAAACAUUGUAUCAUUUAUUAAAUAAAUAAAAUAAUAAAUAAAUAAAAUUAAAAACAAAAAA